AUGCCUACCACUUCAUAUUCAACUCCUCCAACAGAAGUUGGCAGCCCUAUCCCAGCCAACACACCGCACGCUAUCUCCGUAGCACUUCCAACUUGGCAAGAUAAUGUAGACUACGAAGAAGGUCGUGAGAGGGUUGUAAAUCGAAUGUUAACGGGGUAUCCAAGGUUUUUUAUUAAUAAACAAGUCGAGAAGUUAAUGUCAAUAUGUGAAGAAAAAUUUGCAAAACCAUCCGAAUCAUGUUUAUUGUUUCCUAAUCGUAAAGCUACGGAACAUUGUCGGACUUACUUGCGUCGAUACUUUGAGUCUAAUAAUCCUGCUUGUUUUCGUUUAGCCGAAAUCACCAUUGUAACACCAGAUCAAAGCAAAUCAUUGACGCAAGGCAAUGUCACAUUGCAUAUAAUUUUUUUUCCGAAAGAAGCAUUCUCUGUGGCAAAGUCCUUUUGGCAACAUACGGGAGAUGGUAUUAGUUCUCGUUUAGCCGAAUUUGCACUUAAUAUACUGCAAGCAAAGUCCAAUGAGCAAUAUACAAAAAAUCUUUACGAGGUUUCUACGAAAAGAGCAUCAUUUUGUAAACGAUAUUCUAAUAUACAGACAUCAUACAGCCGGAAUUUGGAUUGUGAACCUAAGGGAACUUUGUUCACAGAUAUUACGUCGAUCAACGAUUCUUUUGUUGAGCAGAACUUUUAUGUUGAAGAACGUUAUGGUCGUAAUUUACCUAUGUCAUUUGCUGAAAAGGCAAAACUUGAACUUAGGCGAAGAAUUGCUAGCAGUCUAAAAAUUGAAGAGAAUAAGGAUAGAUUAGAUAAUAUUAUAUCGAGUUCAGUUGAUUUAUCUGUUCUAACAGAACGAUUAGUAAAAGAUGUAACGGAAAAUGAAGUUUUUCUUUUCCCGAGUGGGAUGAGUUCUAUCUUUCAUGCUCACCGAUUUUUACUAACAGCAUUUCCUCCGAGGAAAAGAUGCCAUUUUUAUGGCAAUGGAUCAUCAUCAGAUAUAGAUGAGAUAGAAAGUCUUCUCGAAUCAGGAGAAAGAGUUUUAGCACUGUUUUGUGAAUUUCCAAGUAAUCCACUAUGCAAAUCACCAGAUUUGAAACGCCUUAGAACUCUUGCGGACAAGUAUGAUUUUCCAAUUGUUAUAGAUGAAACAAUUGGGAAUUUUGUCAAUGUUAAAGUUUUUGAAUGGGCAGAUAUUUUGGUAUCAAGCUUAACCAAGAUUUUUAGUGGAGAUAAGCUGAAAAAGGUCAUAAAUAAUGAAUAUGAAGACCUUUUAUGGGGAGAAGAUGCAAUUGUCCUUGAACGUAAUUCGAGAACAUUCAGAGAACGUAUUAUGAAAAUCAAUGAAAAUGCAGAGGAAAUAUGUGAAUUACUUAGAAAUAGUCCUAAAGUCAAAAAAAUUUACUAUCCAAAAUAUAUUACGCCUGAGAUCUACCUUCAAUAUAAGACAGUUAAAGGUGGAUUCGGAGGGUUAUUUUCAGUUAUUUUCCAUUCGGACCUUGCAUCACAACAAUUUUUUGACUCACUCAUAAUUGCGAAAGGACCAUCUCUUGGUACUAAUUUUACUCUAGCAUGCCCUUAUACGAUUUUAGCACAUUAUAAUGAAUUAGAUUGGGCAUCAGGGUACGGUGUUGAACCAGGGAUUAUUCGAGUAAGCAUAGGCUUGGAAGAUAAAAAUGAUUUGUUGAAAAGAUUUCAACAAAGUUUAGAUGCCAUUACUGAAUGA